AUGGCUGUCAAUACGGAGCAAGAUCCCUCUCCCCGACCGUACCAACACCUAGAAGAGGACCAUAACCUAUCCAACCAUUUCAAGCAUGAUCUGGGAAAAGAUGCCCCUACCGAAGCAGCUGAGGAUGACUUUCCCACUGAUCAUCAGAGCAAGCAAAGGGUCGCCGUUGUGAUGACAUCCCUGAGUUUGUGCGUUUUCCUAGCAGCGCUAGACAUUACUAUUGUCUCCACCGCUCUUCCAGAGAUGGUCGCCCAUUUCAAAGCUUCCGACAGCGCCUACACCUGGAUCGCGUCGUCGUAUCUGCUCGCCAAUGCCUCCUGUGUGCCGCUGUGGGGUCGAAUCAGUGAUAUCUGGGGCCGCAAACCGAUCCUUAUGACAGUCGUCGCAUUGUUCCUGGGCGGCAGCUUAAUCUGCGGCGUAGCAAUCAACGUCAACAUGGUCAUCGCGGGUCGCGCUAUCCAAGGCGUAGGCAGCGGUGGCAUCACUGUAUUAGCCAAUAUCUGCGUGUCGGAUAUGUUCAACGUGCGUCGUCGAUCUGCCUACCUAGGGAUUUUCGGGGCAACUUGGGCGAUUGCUGGUGCCAUCGGACCCAUCAUCGGUGGCGCCUUCACGACUUACUCGACCUGGCGAUGGUGCUUCUAUAUCAAUCUCCCCAUUGGCGGCCUGGCCUUCUUCGGCCUUCUCUUCUUCCUGCAACUGCACACUGCAUCUCUCACCCCUCUCAGGGCGGGCCUCCUCUCCCUCGACUGGAUCGGACUGGGUCUCAUUGUCGGCGCGACGCUCAUGCUUCUCUUUGGCCUCGAACUAGGGGGCUCGCUCUAUCCCUGGUCUUCCCCCACGAUCAUCUGUCUUAUCGUCUUUGGGGUGCUCACCGCCGGCCUCUUCCUCAUUUACGAAUCCCGAAUCGCCCAGAUCCCUAUCAUUCCCACGACGCUCUUUUCCAAUAGGUACAACCUCAUCAUCCUACUGAUCAACUUCUGCCACUCCACCGUCUUCUUGGGUUCCUGCUUCUACCUCCCCGUCUACUUCCAGAACAUCCUACUCGCCAGCUCC